CACACACACACACAGCCCCGGGCCAUGCGCAGUGGGUGAGGCGGGGAUGGCGCUGAGCAGCCGGGCUCUGGUGGAGGAUUUCCUGGGCUAUAAGCUCCGGCAGCGGGGGCACUGUUGGCCGCCGAGCGAGGCCCAGGCCCAGGCCGCGGGGCCGGGUAGCGCGGGGCCGGAGGAGGAGGAGGAGGCGGAGCGGGUCCGGGUGGCGCUGCGGGAGGCGGCCGAGGAGUUCGAGCUGAGGUACCGCAGGGCUUUCCGCGGCCUCGCGGCCCAACUCCAUGUCACCCCCGACACCGCGUACCAGCGCUUUGAGCAGGUGGUCGGAGAGCUGUUCCGCGAUGGCGUCAACUGGGGCCGCAUCGUCGCCUUUUUCUGCUUCGGCGGCGCUCUGAGCGCCGAGAGUCUGGACAAGGAGAUGGCGCCGCUCGUCCCGCGCAUCGCGUCCUGGAUGAUCAUCUACAUGGAGAGCAAUCUGCAGCCCUGGAUCCUGCAGCACGGCGGCUGGGAGGCUUUUGUGGCCCUGUACGGCAAUAAUGCAGCUGCCCGGAGCCGCCACAUACAGGAGACCGUGACCUGGCUGAUGACUCUGGUGGCUGUGGGCGCCGGUCUGGCUAUCGCCGUGUUCCUGGCCCGGAGAAGAUAACAAAGUUUACACGUCUGGACUGGACUGCAGUGUUGGGUGGGGUGUGUGUGCGCAAUGUGGCUGCUCAGUUUACAGGCGAUCAGGCAAUGGGGAUGUUUUGACAAGAGUGCUGGUUAUUUGCACAAAACAACAUGAAAAGCCAAGGCUGCAGCAGCCGCAAGUCAGUAGCCUGUGUGAGGAAUGAUGGACGAUUGCAUUGUCCUGGCAUUGCCCCCCCCCGACCCACCAUAUGCUGAUUUUAGGCUCACUUUGUUGGGAAAUGACCCUGACAGAGCCUGGACUGAAGACAAGUAGCACAGCCACAGUGACCUGGGAAUAGCAGCAAAAGGAGAGACUGCAAGAGGCUUCACCACAUGGUAUCAGAUCCCAUUCCUAUGAUGCCUUUAUCCUAAGAUCAACAUUUAAAAUGAUCAACUUUCUUAAUUACACACCAACUGUUCUCAAUAUGUGAGAUUUCACUGGAAGCGCUCCCAGGCGCUGCCCUGUGUGAAUGGUGCUAUUUAAGUGCAAGUUGUUGUUGAAGCUUAACUUCUCUGCCAAUGAGACGCUUCCCUGUGUAGAGGAUGCUGUAUGCGUGCAAGCUGUUCUCUGCCUGUGCUGUAAACUCUGCUCGUCAGGGGAAGCUGUUCCUGUUCAUCAGGCCUGGCUCCAGCAAUGUUCAACGGCACAACAUUUAGUGAUUGUGAUAUAAUUGGAGGUGACUCACAAAGUGCGUCACAAUGGUUUAAUGUCUGUAAAUGUUUUGUUUCAUAAAGUUGCAUAUGUUUAAUUUUAUUCCUGAAAUAAUUCCUCACUUUCAUUGCUGCUGAUGUGUUAGAAUCGAGCCUGUUAAUUGGAGUGAAUGGUAAAGCAUGUCUGAGCUCAGCUACUUGUGAGCAUAUCUGUGGUACAGCUACGUCACAAGAAUGCUUAAAGCCAAAAUUGGGCUGCCCCAGUGAGAGGGGAUGUUUAGCGGUAACAUUUACGGGUUCAUCACACAUCCUCUGUGGCUGCACGUUUCCAAUGAGUUGUUUUAUUUAAUGACAUCUAAUAUGGAUUUCAAAUUUCUUAUCAAUUCAUUCCUGUAUUGUUAAGAUGAAAUAUAUUUGUGUCCUCACACUAAUUUCAAUGCCACAAACUUAACACUGAUCAAGUACUCUGUGCAAGUGACUUAAUACACGUGUACCUGUGCUUGUGAAAUUGCUGCUCAUGUUUAUAUGUCCUGUGUCUGUGAGUAAGUGGAAUUGUUUGUUGUCUGUCUAUGAAUUUCCCCAUCAUAUCUGUGCCGGAGUUCGCUCCUCGCUAGAGCUCUCUACCCUAACCCCAUUCCCUGCUCUCUCCCCAUCGUGUCUGUGCUAGUGCUCACUCCU